AUGCCCAAGAAAACAACUUUCUCAGACAUAGAUCCAGACAAAGAUUCAGAGAUUUUAGAUAAAGCAAACAUUCCCAUCGGAGCUCCAGUUGUCAAAGGCGACGUUACACACCCGCUGACACCAGCCCAACUGCAAUACUUGGCCCUCAUAAUAAAUCCCGCUACCGAAAAGACAAUAGCAGAGAAUGCAAUGAAUUUUUUCGGGUUCGAGACUCCUCUUAACCCCCCAACAUCCUACGAAUUGGCUAGCCAAGGCAUUUCGUUACCGAUGGCUAGUACCGUUAUUGAUGCUGCUGCGCUAUCGUUCAACAAAGACAGAUUCAUCUACGCAAUCAAGCAAGAUACAGCCAGAUACAACGGCGCCGUCGCAAAACUCAGCAGUCCACUUUGCGUUCUUGCUGGUAGGGGGCAGAAAGCCGCACUCGCGCUAUUCGAUGAUGUUAUUGCUGCCGGAUUCGAUGUCAACGACAGACAGUUUCAAUGGAACGAAGCAUUUUUAAAGAGGAUUAAAAUGCGAGCAGAGCACCCUGGCGAAAGUUAUGUUUUUGAGCCCCCGACUGCUUUGGAAAAGGCGUGCGACCGUCUGUUUGUAGGUGCGGUGGAGAAGCUCCUUCAAAUGGGUGCUGAAAAGGGCAGGGCACUAGACAUUAUGAGGAGGUUCGAUGAGGAGUAUUCGUCCAUCAAACAAAAGAAGAUCGACGAGAUUAACAAACUUUUAUCCAAGGUGGUGACUUAA